UGAAGCCAGUUGAAGCAUCAAACACAUUUCGUAAGCUAGGAGUACAGCCAACUCUAUCACUACAGUUUUAUAAAGCUGACCUCAGGCAGUUCAUAUUGAGCUGUGGCUGUGUGAUUUGCUCUCUUAGCUGCUAUAGAGACGCUCUGGAAGCUUCUUAUUAGCUUUUGAAAAGAGACAUGGCACAAACUGGACUUCUAAUUUUUCUCCUCAUUAGCAUACUACUGCUGGAUCAAGCUACUGGCCAGGCUUCCAAGUUCAAAGCCAGAAAGCACAGUAAACGUCGAGUGAAAGAAAAGGAUGGUGAUCUAAAGACUCAGAUUGACAAGCUGUGGCAAGAAGUAAACUCCCUGAAAGAAAUGCAGGCACUUCAGACAGUCUGUCUUCGUGGAACAAAGAUCCAUAAGAAGUGCUACCUGGCAUCUGAAGGUGCCAAGCAUUUCCAUGAAGCCAAUGAAGACUGCAUAGCCAAGGGAGGGACACUGGCUAUCCCCAGAGACAAUGAUGAAACCAGCUCCCUUCGAGACUAUGGCAAGAAAAGUCUGCCAGGGCUUGCAGACUUUUGGUUGGGUAUCACCGACAUGGUAAACGAAGGGAAAUUUGUUGAUGUCAAUGGGAUGGCUCUAAACUAUUUCAACUGGGAUCGCUCCCAACCAAAUGGGGGAAAGCGUGAAAACUGUGUCUUGUUUUCCCAGUCAUCUCAAGGCAAGUGGGGGGAUGAAGUCUGCCGUACUGUCAAAAGAUAUAUUUGUGAAUUUCUAAUCCCAUAAUUCCAUUCCCAUGAGCUGAACCAAUAUUUAGUUAUUAAUGUGCAGGUUUUGCAUGUUAGUAGUUCCUCCUACUUACAGUGGUGAAUUGAAAAUACUUAUUAAAAUGCACAUCUUCCACAAUACACAAACCUUGCCCUCAGGCAGGAAUUUUCUUUAUUAAUUUAUUUUCCAUUCAACUGCUAAAAAGGUUGUGUUUAGUGAGGUGUCUCACCAUGCAACUGUCACAUAUGCUGUACGUUUUGUUUUGAGAUGUAUUGCAUCAUAUUUUGCCAUAUUCUCACAGUCCGAUGUUCAUGUUAUCAACAUCAUAAAGUCAAAAUCCAUCUUUCAAACCCACACUACAUAUCUCUAUAGAUUACUGUUUGCUCGAACCCCCUCCAGAACUCCGGUCAAUAUUUAUGAAAGUUCCGUACAUAGAACAUUCACUAGAGAGUGAAGUUUGCCAGCAUGAGGCUAUGGAAGCUUAAGCAGAACUUUAGUGGUGUAUAAACCACUGAAAAUAGAUGGAAUUCAUCUGCUGGAGCUCAACAACGUAGCUCUGAGAUAAGAUUUUGAUCUAAAGGAAGAAAAAAAUGAAUAGAAGCUGAUAUUAUUCUGAAAGAUUAUGGAGUUAAAAAUGACACAUUCCUAGAAAGUGGGGGAAAUAUUCCCACUAGCGAUCGAGACAUCAUGAAACGCCAGCUGUGGAAAUCUUUUGUAUGUACUUGUCAUUUGGAAAACAUUGUCUUUGUGUUUCUGCCCUGACUUGUUUACAUGCAAAUUCCAGUUAAGCACCUGAUGUUUGGAAGUGGAGGAAUUACACUGUUUAUUUUUUGCUAUUCUUAAUCUUUCAAAAGAACUGUAAAUAAGUCCUAUAUGUAUAGAGAAAUGGAAAUGAUAGAAAAAAAGAAGCCAGCCAUAUACUUUGCUUUGCAUCACCCAAGUAUACUUUAUCUUAGUGGUAUAUACAAUGCAGUUUGCAAAUAACCUCUUGCAUCCUAGAACCUGAAUUCUGUUACUUGGAAGCCAACUCUUAGUUUUCCUUUUAAUUAUACAAUACAUUUUAAUUGCUAAUAAAU